AUGGCUUCAAAUCUUCCUCCUCAGCACCACCAACCACAUAUAAAUCAACCACCACAAACAUAUCGACCAGAAAUAUAUAAUCGUGUUGGAAAUACUCCUCCUAUUAAUCCUUAUUAUCGUCCAGAUAGCCCUGUUCCCCCUUCAAGUAGAACCUCAUUAGAUAGUAACGACCAAUUAUUUAGUGGAUUUAGUGCAGAUAAUGCAGCAUCGCCUAAUUAUGGUAGUACUAAUAAAGUUGCGACCGAUAAUCCGAAAUCAGAACCACGAAUAUCACGCGAUGAUCACGAGUUUAUGAAUGUGGGAGAAGAAGAUCCAAAGAAAGAUACAAAAAUUAAAGGGUUCUUGAAAAAUAGAAAGAAAGCAUGUUGUUUUCUUUGUUGUGGAGUAUCUAUAAUUAUCGCUGCUAUUAUGAUCCCAGUGGCAAUCUUUGUGAUUGCUCCCGCGAUUGCUCAAGGUGCUGUCACGGGAUCAAAAUUAUCUUUUUCGAGCGCUAAUCUAACAAAUCUCACCGAAGAUGCUUUUUUGAUGAAAGUCAAUGGAAAAGUAACUAGCACUGGACCUAUGGCCGCAACAAUCGAUGUUCCUGAUGGUGUGGAAGUUUCAUGGAACGGACUUGUAUUGGGUAGAUUACCAUUAGACACAAUUUCGGCUGCUCCAUUCGUCGGUGCUGACAUAGAUUCAUCACAAACAUUUACUAUUUCGAAUAAGACUGCUUUCGGCGAAUUCAAUAAAUUCAUGUUGACCUCAAAAGAAUUCACCUGGCAUUUGGAAGGACUCGCAAAUGUGAGAGCUGCCGGUUUAAGUCUGAAAGGAAUUCGACUUAGUAAAGAUGUGAAAAUGGAUGGAAUGGCAAAUUUCCCCGAUGUCAGCAUUAAAACUUUCGAUGCUCCCUCUGAUCAUCCAGCUGGCGGUAUUACUGUCCAAAUUCUCUCGAUUAUGGUUAAUCCGUCACCAAUUGGCGUAGAAUUGGGAGAUCUUGAAUUCGAUGUUCUAUAUAAUAAUCAAAAAAUCGGAGAAGUAACCUCUAGUAAUGUCACUCUUGGCAAAGGUGCUAAUGCACUCAAUCUAAAUGGCCGAUUGAUUCCACAAAACACUUCAGCAGGAUUAGCGGCUGUCAGUGAAAUGUUUUCGAAAUAUAUUGCUGGAGAAAAUGCAAACACGUCCGUGCUAGCAAAAACUGUUAAACCGAGUAAAAAUAACAAUAGCAGUAAUGAUACAACUCCAAUCUCUUGGUUGCAAUCUGCUUUUGUGGGAACAACUUUGUCCGUGGUAUUACGUGGGGCACAAAAUCUAACCGUGAUUAAUAGCGUAGAUUUAAAAACCAUGGAUCUAACAUUCAGUAAAGAUAAAGCCUACUCACCUAUCGCACAAUCUGAUGCAUUAUCUGCAUCAUUCAAAAUCCCAUUCGGUUUUCAAUUGAAUAUGAAAAAAAUUUCUCAGGACAUCACAAUUUAUGGUGGAUCAAAUGCUCUUGCCACCCUUUCGACACCUUACACGGACGCUAAUGGGGAUUCGAGUGUCGGUAAAAUUGAUUCAAAGAUUCCACCAACUCCGUUUGACGUGAUUAAAGGAUCAGAAUCCAAUUUCCAAGAAUUCAGUAGACAUCUUACGAUGGACUCAUCAGUGGUAAUGACAAUGAAAGGCAAAGCAAGUUCAAUUGCGUCAACUUCAAUCGGUGAAGUAGAAAUUAAAGGGAUUAAAUUCAUUGUGGAUACACAACUCCAAGGUCUACAAGGAUUACAAGUUAAACCAGCCACGAUCAAUUCAUUGAGUGUAACGGGUGGAACUAAAGAUUACAUGAUCAUUAAACUAUCGGUCACCUUAUUUAAUCCAUCAAAUGUAAAAAUCUCGAUGGGCGAUGUAAUUCUUGAUCUUUAUUACCAUGAUCAAAAUGUUGGUCAAGUGCUUAUGAAUAAUUUUGUCCUUGAUCGUGGAUCUAAUACCGUUGACUUAAUUACUCAUUUCGGUCCAAACGGUGACAAAGCACUUGCAGCUGGGCGUAUUCUUCUCAAUACAUUCAUGAAGGGUGAUAGUAAUACAGUUGGAAUUCAAGGAAGUCCUCACUCAACAGAAAUCGAAAGUCUAAAAAAAGCUCUUGUUGAUCUAAAAUUAUCGACUUCGAUGCCAGGUCUCAAAGCGGAACAACCAAUUCUCGUGAAGUCACGAUUCACCAUCAAUUUAGGAACAGUAUUCACGAAAAAGGGCACUGCCUCGGUUGACGCUUACAAUCCACUCGACACCACCAUCAAGUUUUUGAAAAUGAAGGCCACAAUCACAUUUAAAGGGCAAAUUAUCGGAACAUUGGACCAAGAUCUGACUGGCUCACCUAUUGUUAUACCACCCAAAAAAGUAGCGACUACUCGCGAUUUGGAUUUGAACCUACAAAUUAGUCUUACCGCUAUUCAAAGUUUAUUCGCUGGUAUUUCUGGAGAUCUUGCUACCGAUAUCACGUCUACCAUUGUUCUAGCUAUUGGUGAUUAUGUCACUGAAAUUGAUUAUGCUCAAAAUCAAGUCCCUACCGGUUUAGGCCACGGACUUGGCCCUAAUACGACCAUCAGUAGCGCCAACAGAAAAACGAGAAAUGGAAACAACAGUUUCUGGACAGCAUACGAAGAUAAUCAACUUCGCGAACUUUACAUAAAACAUCCAAAUAAUUUCAGAAAAAUAAAGGGAGAAUUGAGUCGCACUCGAGUCGUAGCUGAGAUCAGAAAACGCGUCAAGGAACUAGGCUUGAAGAACAAGGAACGGAAUACUAAUAUGAAUAUUGCCGUUGAUUCACCUGUAUCAACGGUAAUCAUGAAUAAUGAUUUUUGUGAAUCGGAAAAUCCAAUUAUCGUGGUUUCUCCAAAUACUUCAACUCCAGACAUGCCCAUUUCAGUAUCACCAGUUCAACGUCAAGGGGCAUCUUUCGUAAAUUUACAACCGCGCCCAAUCGAAAUAUAUCGCCUUCAGUCAAGCUUAAACGCGCAAGAAAAUCGGCUAAAAGUGCGGGCAACGAUCAAGAAAUUGCACCUUCUCAACAAACCUGUCAACGUCAUCUUUUGA